AUGGAGAAUCCGAUUGUAAAACAACUUCAGGAUAAUGUAAACGACAAACUUAAUUCCGGAUAUGAAUACGGUCGAAACACGAUUCCCGAUGAUGAAGAAGAUGAUCAAAGCGUUCCGAUUGCGGCUGUGUUCGUUUACCCAUUAGGAUGCUGUGUGAAUGUUGUGGUCGUUCACAUAGGUGCUGUUCACACGAAGCGCAUGGCCGAUCAUGGCCACAUGAACAAAGACGAUUCAAUUAUUGUUAUACCAACGUUAAUACCACAUCCUAACUACUUUGUUCCAUCAGAUCUUGAUAGCAUAACUUCUUCACAACAAGAAGUUGAUUAUGACAUAGGAGAGAGUUCAGAUGGAAUAAAAUUUUUUAUCCCGAAGGUAGAUGACGCGCUUAAGCCAAAUAUGAAAGCACAAUAUGCGACUAUAAAUGAAGUUGAAAAGAUGUACAGGACUUAUGCGGACAACGCCGGCUUUGAUGUUCGCAUGCAUGUAAAAAAGACGAACAAGCAUGGUGAAAUUCAAACUAGGUGGUUUGUCUGCAGUAGGGAGGGAAACCCAAAAAAGAAGGAUUUUGAUUCGUUGUACAUGCAGCCGGAUGAGAGGAGAUACCGUAAUACAAACAUCAAACGUUGUGGUUGUAAUGCUUGCAUAAAAAUCCAUUUGACUAAGGAUAGGGCUUGUUACGAGAUAUAUGAGUUCGUUGAGGCACAUAACCAUGCAUUGUUCAAUAAUAACGAUUGUCGUUUCUCUCGGAAGAAUAGACAGAUGAAGUAUACAGAUUUCAAAACUGUUCUAAAUAGCUCGAGUUACAAAGUCGACGCGAGGAGGUCUCACCGUAUUCAAACCGCAUUGAACGGUGGAUUUGAGCGUACUCUCAUCUCUGAAAUUGACUUCAAGAAUUUUAAGAGGGAUGUUGUUGCUUGUGUUGAGUUGAGCGCAAUUUUCUGGGCGGAUGAAGUUGCUAGAAUUAACUACAAAGAAUUCGGUGAUGUCAUAUUGUUCGACGGUACCUUUCGCACUAACAAGCAUGCAAUGAUUUUUGUUCUUUUCUUGGCUGUUGACAACCAUAAGGCGUCUGUUGUUGGAUCCGCUCUCAUAAGUGGAGAGACGAUUGAUAACUUUACAUCAAUGUUCUGCAAUGAAACAAGCUAUUCCAAAGGUGUUCACCGAAUCCAAGCAUUGACUAUGUAUGUGGCACAUUAUGAAGAAGGUCCCUUCAAAGAAGCUUYGUUGACGCAGGUUAGUGUYRCACUAAAUCAUGAUACUACGUUCAAUAAAGUAAUCAACAAGCUCGUAUGGAACAUUCAUAUUGGCCCAUCGGAGUUCGAACGCCGUUGGAAUGAGAUGGUAGAUAAAUACAAUCUAGCCGGGGAUACUUGGUUUACAGAGAUGUAUGAAAUCCGACACUCGUGGAUUCCURCCUACUACAAGAACAYGYCGAUGUCUGGKCUAAUGAAAACAACCUCAAGAUCCGAGAGUUCGAAUUYAUAUAUCAACAUAUACGAAUCGUACUGGUUUGAUUUGGUGCAAUUCCUUAAUAAUUACGACGUAGCUAUAGAAAAACAAAGAUAYAGACAAUCURUUCACGAAUCAGUGACAAGAACGACUAAUCCCAAGUUUSUUACUCCAUUGCRCWUAGAAAGGCAUGCAUCAAGCAUAUACAGUCGGAACGUGUUUUUUGACAUCCAAAAGGAAAUAAAGAAGGYUGUUUGRUUUUGUGCUAUUGAGACCGUGGAAUGCCGGGAUGAUUUCAAGUCAUUCGUGAUAAGCCAGACGGCCAAGAAAUCAGAUGACAACAUCUCGUAUYUGGUGGGYYGUAAKUACUCAACAAACACAGUCGAGUGCGAUUGUAACCUAUUUACACGUAAUGGGUAUCUCUGUCGUCACGCGUUCAAGGUACUAAUAAAUGACGAAGUUGAAUGCAUUCCGGAAAAAUACGUAUUACGUCGAUGGAAACGAKAGUUAGUUCCAGUACAGAUWCAGUCCGCAAGAGUUCGUUAYGGGGAGGUCAACGYCGAGAAAGAAAAGUCUAUAAKUGAAUUAUAUUCCAAGAUSGAYRACAUAAUAAGCAUCRCCCGCAAUGAUCAAUMUAUAUURGAUAGAUUGGGGCGUAACCUCGAAGAAUUCAUGGUUGAUAUAGAGAAGGAAGUUCCAUACGAAGACCCAUCACAACAAAAGUUGGAUGCGAUUAGAGAUCAUUUAGGUGUUUCCAUACCUGAUGAGGUGGACAUUCUACCACCAUCUGGAAUAAGAAACAAAGGUUGUGGAACUGGCAAGAGGCUGGUAAGUGUAUCUGAGAAAAUGCAAACUAAUUGCAAAAAGGCUAAACGAAAAUGUGCAACGUGUUGGACAACGUAG